AUGGCAAUUCCUAUACCAACUAACAAUCGACAGUUUUACAAAAUUCUAAAUGAUGAAGAUUUAUUAUCAACAUUUUUGCGUGAACAAAAUUUGAUAAAACGUGCUAAUCAACGUACUUGUCACUGCGGAUCUUUAAUGAUUGACAGUUGUCGAAAGAAAAAACUGAAAGAUGGUACAAUUAAAAAUUAUCCAAUAUUACGCUGCAUCAAUCGAUACUGUCGAAAUCAAUUAAGUGUUCGAAAAGACACAUUUUUUUCAUAUACUGAUCUAUUAGGAAGACCGAAUUGUAAACUUGAUAUAUCAACAAUAUUUGAAAUAAUACGGUUAUGA